UCAGCGGGGAACUGUGACCACCCCAGCUUUUCGCGCUUCUGUGGACGGCGCUGGUGCAGGACUCCAGGACAGGCUGACGUGACACUAUGAUCCAUACACUGCUUCCUCUCCUCUGUCUCAGGCUGUGUGCUGGCCAAGACCUAAGAAGAGACGGAGAAUUACCUAAACCUUCCCUCCACGCCCGCCCAGGGCGCAAGGUGACUGCAGGAGAAAACGUGAUUCUGCAGUGCCAGCUACCCAGGCCCGUGAUAGAACCUCACACGUUUGCUCUGCUGAAGAAAGGAACCGCAACACCCAUACAGCUCCAGAGUGCAGUAGGAAUUCAGACAGAAUUCCCCCUGCCAAGUGUGACCAUCAGUGACACUGGGGCCUACAGCUGUGUGUACUACCAACCGAGGGCUCCUUUCUCGGCCUCAAGGCCCAGUGAUGAGCUCACGAUCUUGGUGACAGGUAAGGAUUCUGCAAGAUUUUGUGAACUUCAAUUCCCAGUCCAGCCAGAU